CUUCUGUCUCUAUACGUUUUCUUCCAAAUCUUCUAUACUUAUUUGAAUCAAACUUUCAAAAAUAUUACUUUAAAAGUAUUUAUUAUUAUUUUUUUUUAUUAAACUAUUAAUAAAAACCAAUUAGAAAAGCACUUGUAUUAUUUACGCAAGUAAAACACGUAGCCUUAGGGCUUUAAAAAACGACUUUUUUUUCUAUUUUUUUUUUAAAUUUUGACUUCAAACUUGACAAAUCUACUCAACAGACAUCAUGACUUUCCCCGUCGUUGUAAAGAAAUCUGGUCCCAUCACAAUAUCCAAAACUGGUUCCGCAUCAAAAGCUAUGUCACCGGGAUCGCCUGCUUCGCCUAUCAAUACUUCCGCAAAAUCUACUGUUAAGGCCUCGCCGGCAGCUAAAGCCACACCCGCAACUCCGGUGAAAAAACCGUCUGCUGCUCCAAAAAGUCCAGUUGCUAAACCAGUGACCAAACCAGUUUCCGAUGCUAAACCUGAACUUGCAAAGACUACAUCUACUUCUGUAGCUAAAGAUACGACCAAAACCAAACCACCACCUUUAAAGCUUAACAUUAAAGCAGCCGAAGCCAAAGCGAUGCCAUCAUCUCCGGCAACUCCGAAGACUGUACCAAAAACUCCAACCACUCCUACUGUAAAGACUUUGACGGCAUCAAAAUCUCCUGCUGUUGUGAAAUCCGCAACAGCUAUUAAAACUACUUCGACAACGAGCAUUUCUAAAUCUCCUUCUGUGUUAUCAUUAACUGCUAAAUCACCGUCAACCAUUUCUAAAACAUCGUCUGCGUCUUCGCCAACUAUUAAAUCUUCAACAUCGACUAUUACUAAACCUACGACACCAGCGGCGAAAUCUCCAUCGGCAACGACAGUUUCUAAAGCUACGACUGCGACUUCGACAACAGUGAAAGCUCCAGGCACCGUUGGAGUUAAGCCAACAACAACGCCUGCUGCUAAAUCCCCUACAGCGGUUACUAAACCAUCUACGCCGACUUCCAAAACUACAUCGCCCGCUCAAAAACCACUCGCCUCUAAGACUCCUGGUACGCCAACAAAACCCGAUGCACCUAAAAAGCUAGCGGUUUCGUCCGUCAAAAGCGUAACUGGAGUUAAAUCACCGUCAUCGCCAGCUGCUAAAACUUCGCCGCUAUCAAGAAGUUCAUCUAUAGCUUCUAGUAUAAAGUCGGUCACUGUUAGGUCAGCCGCUUCUCCUUCAAAACCAUUGGCUAGUACUGUAAGGUCACCAGCGAAAACGGUGACUUCCAGUAAAACAGCCGUUACUACCAAACCCUUGACACCAACAACUUUAAUGAAAAAAGAACCCAGUACUUUGUCAUUGGCAUCUGUCAAAUCGACAGCUACGGUUAAAUCGACAACUUCUAUUUCAUCGAAAACAUCAGCGGUAAGUGUUAAAUCUACAAUAUCUAAGACUGUGGUGCCUAAAUCGCCAGUCACAAAGGCGGUAACCAAAACUGCCGUACCACCAAAAUCACCAGCGGUGAAAGCAUCUCCUACAGCAGCUGUGUCUAAAACAACAGUGGCACCUAAAUCACCAGCAGUGAAGGCGGCGCCCACAUCAACAGUAUCUAAGACUGCAGUGGCACCUAAAUCACCAGCAGUGAAGGCGGCGCCCACAUCAACAGUAUCUAAGACUGCAGUGGCACCUAAAUCACCAGCAGUGAAGGCGGCGCCCACAUCAACAGUAUCUAAGACUGCAGUGGCACCUAAAUCGCCAGUAGUAAAGGCGGCACCCACAUCAGCAGUAUCUAAGACUGCAGUGGCACCCAAAUCACCAGCAGUGAAGACGGCUCCUACAGUAGCUGUGUCUAAAACAACAGUGACACCCAAAUCGCCAGCAGUGAAGACGGCUCCUGCAUCAGCAGUGUCUAAGACAGCAGUGGCACCCAAAUCACCCGCGGUAAAAACUCCUUCUUCUCCUGUUGUUAAGAAAACUACUCCGGCUAAACCAUUAUCAAGCUUGGGUCUAUCCAAAACGAAAUCUCUGUCAUCUUCUAGACUUAGUUCCGUGUCAACGGAGAGUUUGGCGUCUAGGACAUCGUUGAAAUCACCGAUGAGUCCGAGACCUACUACCGGAGUUAAAAGUGCAGCCAAACCGAUUAAGAAAGUGGAAGAGCCAAAAGUCAAAGGUAUACGUGGAGGCCAACCCGUUAAGAAAACCAUAGAAAUUCCUGGAAUCACCGAACUACCGACAAUACCCCUUGCGGACACUAAGCAAGAAGUCCAAGACAGUUUGGAUGUUGAAAGUUCUAUUGCUCUUAACGAUGAAGUUGCACCAGAGUAUAAAUCAAACGAAGAAAUCGAAUCUACCAUCGCGGAAACGCUUAAUCAAGAUCAAAAACAACCCGAAGAAACGGCCGAGGCUCUAGCGUGCAAUGGCGAAGACGAUCAAGUACAAGAAGUGUCUGAGAACAAUUUGGAAACGAUAGUAGAAGAUUUUGUGGAAUCUGCAGUAACGGCUGAAGUACCAACUCCGGAGUCUUCGGUUCGAAGCUGCUGCAGUCCUAUCGACUUCGAAGUCGUGCAAAUCGAAGAUUGUCAACCGUGUUUGAAUGGCGUCACUCAGUCGGAUGACAACUUCAGUAUCGAAUUUGUCGAAACCCAUUUCGACACAAAUGAACAAGCGGCGGAGGCUGAACAGCAAGCCGUUCCCGAAUCGUGCGUUAUUGACAUGGACGACCAGUUCGAGCCCAUGAACGACAAACUGGUGCUCGGGGACGUACCGUACGAGACAGACUCGAAUAAAAGUGACGUGUCUGAUCACGAACAAGCUGUCCAAGUCGAAACGACAACGGCCGACGUUGGCGAAGAGACGGCACCAGUAGACGACAAUGUGUUCUCUUUUACCGCGGAAAGCGUAGAAGAAAACGACAGAAUCGAGGAUUUCGUCGAGCAGUUCGUGUGCCAACAGUCCAUGGACCGAUCGGAAGGUCCGUCUUCGCUGAGCACCGACGACGGUAGUCUGGUCAGCAGGAAAUCGUACUCGGAAGUGGUCAUGGGAUCUCCCAAAGACGGCGAGUACUAUUUUGAUUACGACAUCGAGCUGGCCGACGACUGCCUGGACGACGACGAGGAGGAGAAGCCCGUUUUCGUGGAGGUAACCGAGAAGGAAUUCCCGGAGUUGAAGCCAAAAGAUUUGUCCGGCAAAAGGAAGAGGAUGAGAAAACAGAAGAAGAGAAACUACAGCUGCCGAACUGAAUCUCAAUCGGACUCAUAUAACUGUGUUCCUGAAAUUGAAUAUAACCCAGAAGACUUUGAUGGGAAUGAGUUCUGCCAUUAUAUCAAGAUGAUGAAGGACUGCUCGUUCUAUCCCAAUGGGACGUUCUCGUCAGACUCUGUAAAACUGUCAACUUCAGAGUCGCUCUCCUGGCUGGACAUUUCUGUUCGAACUACAGAUGAUGAUUUGAGGCCAUCAACAGAGUUAUUAAGCACUUACGAAGUAUUCCAAGCGAGUAAUCUGAGCAAAGAUUUCCUAACAUCCAUCAUCGGCUCAACGACGACGACUCCAACAACCCAUGAACCAACUUGGUUUUGGAAAUCCAUUGAAGGCAGGCAUCAGACGCAUAACAAAGCAAACAUAACGCUUAGUUUGCAACCAAGACCCAAACAUUUAACCACCCCACGUUUCAUGACCCUCUUGGCACUGAUCAGCGAAGCUAAGGGCUACCAAAUCGAACCGUCAUUAUCCGAACACUUUGUCACCACAGACUGUAUGCCAAGAUUCAACGAUAAGAUUAAACGACUCAUGGUCCAAGGAUUUUGGUUAGUUGGUCGUUUAAUAAAUGAAAGCUUGUCCGAAGAUGAGGAAGUAAGCUGUGGUAAUCCGUUUGAAUUUUGCGAUGGUGAUAUCGGUUACUGGUGGGCGGGUAUCAACAUGCUAGAUUGGCAAGAGUAUAUGAAGAAAUGUGGCAAAAGUCUAGCAACACACAAUUGCUAUCAAUUCAUGUUGGACGAAAACAUGGAAGGAUUUAGGCACAUUAAUAACGAAGCAGUAUCAAGUAUGAACGCUGCACCAGAAGAUUUUAUGAGCGAACUGGAUGUAGAAAAUUUCAUACACACCGUGCGCAACGUUAAAUAUUAUUGUGGCAAUUGUUUUGUGGACAGCCAAGAAAACCUGGAAGCAUUGAAUGAGAGUUGCGACAGCGAUAGUCUUGUCGAAUGGGAUAACAGUACAAAUAACAUGUCUAACGAAUCUGAAUGAAUAUGCUGUAAUUUUGUAACUACUAUGUAAUAUAAUAAUAGCAUUAAAUUAAAAAUUGUAAUAUUUAAUUAAUUAGUAUAAUGACAGAAAGUUAAAUUUUUAUGUUUAACAUAUCUAUAAAGUUGACGUAUAUUACGUAUUUUAUUUAAGUUUUUGAGUCGAAAGUAUAGACUAAGAAUAUGAUUAUUGUGUAGCUAUGAUAAAAACUAUUAAUAUACCAUAUACUAUAAUUAAUUACUAUUAAUAUAAUACUUUGCAUGUUUAACGUUCACCCAAACGUAAAUGGGAUUGUUGUGAUAUUUUGGCUGUAUUUUUAGUUCACUAAAAAAUAUAAUAACAGUGACAAUGUAUAAAAUAAAAUAUUUAUUAUGUUUAAUUUAAAA